UUGACAUUUGCACGCGCUUACGCCGGUCGCGCCAGCCGAAAGCCCAGGCCUAGCCGCUGCGCCUAUGAAACAUUUGAAAACGGAACAACAGGAACGACGGAAACAACGGAACAGCAACUGAAGAGAGAGAGAGAGAGAGAGAGAGAGGGAGGAGAGAAGCCGCAUGUGUAUUGAAUUGAAGCGUGAAACGAAACAGAAUACCUGAAACAGAGACAUAAACGCAGAAGCAAAAUCGACGGCAAACGGCGCACUAUUCCCUCAGAUUAUGAAUAAUUUGCCAUAAAGAAAACACUCCGAAAUAUCUCCCAUAAAUAUCUGAAAUUCCAUAACGAAGAAGGACGCUCUGAAAUGCGAAACAUCAAAAAUCUCAAAGAUCCCACCGGCGUGCUGCUGCUCUGGCUGCUCUGGCUCUGCCCGACGGCGACGACGACGGCGAUCUCGACGGCUUUGCCAAAGGUCAGCUGCACCGAGCACGACACAACAAUCACCUGCGAUUGCAACAGCGAUGAUCAGGCCAUGGUUAUGCCACAGCUGCAAGGCGCCGUUUUUCAGGUGGAAAUACGCAAUUGUCGCGAUUUAACCGUGGAGCCAAAUACUUUGGAUAACACCGAGGGUCUGCGCAAGAUCAACUUUAAGCACAUCAAUCGCCUGAUGCUGCAGCAGAACGCAUUAAGCGCGUCCCGCUAUGCCAGCAACAAGGCGCUAAUUGUCGAGUUCGAGAAUGUUAACUUUCAGUUAAUCGACUCGCAUGCCAUUAGCGGCAACAUCGAGGAGAUCUCAUUCACCGGUGGACGCAUCGAGCAAAUGCAUCCAUUUGGCUUCACCACCAUCAAGGACAGUGCCAUAUUGCUCAAAUUGGACGGAGUUACCGUACAGCGCAUCGAAAGUCAGGCUUUUAAAAAGUUUGCCGUGGAGAAGCUGAUAAUUAUCAAUUGCAAUUUCAUUGGAAAUUUGCCAACGCGCGCCUUCUACGAGCUGGAGGUGACCAACGAGCUGGCGCUGCGGAACAAUCAGUUCCAGGAGGUGCACUCGCACGCCUUCUCCUUCAAGCUCAUCUCCAAGCUGAGCCUGAGCGAGAAUCGAUUUGCGGCCGUUGAUGGCGAGUGGCUGGAGGCGCAUAUACGGGACGCGGUCACGUUGCGUGGCAAUCUGUUUGGUGCCACCAGCGAGAUUGCAUUUCGCAGCCUCUUCGUGCAUCGCGACUACCAGCUAAGCGAGCGGCUGGAGCUGCGAUUUCACAACAACACGGUGCACAGUUUGCUGCCCGGCAAAAGCCUGGAUCAAGCGGGGGCUGCGGCGGCGGCGGCGGCGGCGUCGGCACCACCUCAGCCGCUGCGUUUCAAUGAGCGUUUCGCGCUGAGCAUACGCCAGCUGUGCUACGACAAUGUCUGGAGCUGUGAGCAGCUGGACACGAGCACAGAGCCGCCGCAGCCACGCGCCGACUUCUUUCGCCAGCACAGCGAGCAGCUGCUGUUCCGCGGUGCCGCCACAGUCGGUGGCACAGCGCCAUUUAUGCCGCUGCGUCAGCUAAUUGGCGAGCAAUGCCAGCGCCGCAGCUAUGUGGCAUACAUUGUGGCGGGCAGCGUGCUGCUGGUGCUUCUGCUACUGCUGCUGCUUCUGUUGCUGUGGUGGCGCCUCGCGCAGCGGCGGCGGCGACGUAAGCUGGAUGUGGUGCAGCCGGAGCCGCGCACCUACAAGGAGACGCAGAUUGUAUACCAAAUCGAGAACGCAGGCCUGCUCAAGACUGAUUUGUAAAGCUACAAGCCACACACACACACACACACACACACACAAAUCACACACACACACACACACACACACAGCUGACAGACGCUAGCUAAAGCAGAGCGACGCGGCGCACCACCAAGAACCACCAAGAGUGACCUUUCGUUGUACCAAAUUCAUAGCCUACGCUUAGUUUGUAUCGUGUAACAUUAUGCUAUCCAUCCUAUCUAUAUAAUAUCGCAACUAUGUUAAACCUAAAACCUAUAUAAGCUGUAAAUAAGAAAAACGACUCCUUUUUGU